GGAGGCGGAGGCAGGGGCCGGUGGAUGGGAUGGGAGCUGCCGCCGGACCGUGGCCGACGGGACGGGACGCGCGGGCAGGGCCAGGCCUCUGCCGCCGGAGGGGCUUCUUCAGGGGAGGACGAGGGAAUGUCCCCCCGCAACCCGAGUGCGGGCAGGGAGAAACUCGAGGGGCUGUGGGCAGGAAAGGCAGCCCGGGAAAGCCGAGCGGGAGGAGCGGGGCGCGGGGGUCGCGCCGAGCGGGCGCUGCGGGGAGCAGAGGAGGGAGGCGGGAGAAAACCGGGAGAAAAGGAACCGGGGGGCAGCGCCGCUGGAAGCGCCAGCGGGGAACGCGAUGAACCUCCCCGAAGGCUGAGAAGGUGCAGGUGCCCGGGGGAGGGCAGCGGGCGUCUCCACUGGGAAGGGACCCUGGGCUUCCGGACAGCCUCUCCCAGGACCUCUAGAACACGGCUCGGCCGCGGCUUCAUCCUUCCACGUGCCAAGCUCCAAGGGACCAAGAUCACAGAAUGGUUGAGGUUGGAAGUGACCUCUGGAGAUCAUCUUGUUCAACCUACCCUGCUCAAGCAGGGAUGCCCAGAGCCAGCUGCCCAGGACCAUGCUCAGAAAGCUUUUGAAUUAUCUCCAAGGACAGAGACUCCAAAGCUUCCUCAGAUAAACUGUGCCACUGCUUGGUCAUCCUCACAGUGAAAAAACAUGUUCCCUGCUGUUCAGAGGGAACUUCCUGUGUUUCACUGUGUGCCUAUUGCCUCUGGUCCUGUCACUGAGCACAACUGACAAGAGCCCAGCUCUGUCCUCUUCACAACCUCCCCUCAGGUAUUUUUAUGCAACAAGACUCCCCUGAGCCUUUGCUUUUCCAGGCUCUUUGUCAUCUUCCUGGCCCUUCCCUGCACUCCCUCCAUUAUGUCAAUGUCUCUCCUGUACUGGGGAGCCCAGAAUUGGACCCAGCACUCCAGUGCUGAGCAGAGGCAAAGGAUCACCUCCCUGAACCUGCUGGCAACAUUUCUCCUGAUGCAGCCUGGGACACCACUGGCCUUGUCUGUAGCAAGGGCUCAUUGAUCAAGCUGCUGUUGUUCACCAUCAUCCGGGGCCUUUUCUGCAAAGCUGUUUUCCCAGCUGGUCAGAUCCCAGCCUGCACUGCUGCUUGGAUGGUUGUUCCUUAUCUGCUGCAGGACAUUGCACUUCCCUUUGUUGAACUACACGAGACUCUCAUGAGCCCAUUUUUCCAACACGGUGAGGUUCCUCUGGAUGGCAGCACAGCUCUCUGAUGCACCACUCACUCCUCAGAACCCCAGAUCCGUGUCAUUAGGGAACCUCCCGAUGGUACACUCUACCCCAGCCACUAAGGCAGGUAUUAAACAGGAGUGGACUCAGUAUUGCUCCAAGGUACACAGGCAGUUACUGGCCUCCAAAUAAACUUGGUGCCACUAAUCACCACCCUUCUGGCCUUGAUGUUCAGCCAGUUUUCAAUCAACCUCAUUUCUUUUACCUAAAAGACUCUGAAUUGUUGAAGAUUCUGCGAAAGCCAAAUGAAUAGUUCCUGUCUGGCACUCAAGUAAGUUACUCAUGGUCAAGAAUCUUUUGCUUCUGAGGAGGCAACAAUUCUGUGCUCCAAGAGGUGUUACAUACUCCUCAAUCUGCAGAAACACAGGAGGGGCCAAGAAUUACUGCCUCCACUUCAGCAAGUUGCUUGCCUGGUUGCCCACAGAACCAGGGGUUCCCCCACUGGCAGGAACUUUUCUACACUGAGUAACUAAGUUUCACCCGUGGGAAACACUGACUCCUGAUUCAUUCAUCAAAGGUGGUUAGAAAUAAGUGACUUUGGGGAUAUUUUUCACCAUGAAACAAACCAUCUCAGAAAACACACGGUAUCAUAACAAAUAUGGUAAUUUUCCUCUAUAUCUUUCUCUGGUAAAACCACCAUUCUGAUAUACAGCUGAUCUGCAAAGUGGGAAUGGCUUCUUAAAGACAGAGAGAAAAGUAAAAAAAAAAAAUUCAGAAUACACACUUCAGAUAAUUCAAUUGAAAAAUUUAACAAACUACCCCUAAAAAUAAAAGUGGAAGACAACCUUAGCAAUAUCAAUUGUUACCCGCAGAAAGUCUUAAUAACUAACACUCUGCAAAAGAUUAAGGCCACUUAGCUUUAGGGGAAAUUACGCAUUUAAGUAUG